AUGUCGAGCAUACUCAAGAAAUUGAAAGGAAAAGGAACGGCGAUUCCCAUCCAACAGGCACCUGCGGUCCCUAGCGGUUCGACCGCGUCGAGUUUGGCUCCGACCGCCCGUCCGCUAGUAUCAAACCCUCAAGCACCCAUUGUCGUCGUUCUUAUCCACGGGUUGAACAGUUCUGAGUCUGCGUUCAUCGGAGCAAAUGGCACCAGCUGGGCGACAGAACUCAAUCAACUGCUCGAGCCCUUGAUUAACAAAACGGUCGAAGUCGUUGAGGUGGGAUGGCAAACCACGCCGCUCAGCCCAGCGAACGUCAGUCUGAACAUCAGCUCCACAGCGCCGGAGCUUUUGGAUGCCGUUGCGUCCCAAGUGCGUGGGAGGGACUGGGUAGCCGUUGGCCACAGCAUGGGUGGUAUGGAAAUUCUGGCGGCCAUGGGGAUAGCCUUUGCAGAAGUCAGCGGUCAAGCGGCAAAUCCCAGGACAGCCGUUACUCAGCGAAGUCAACAAUGGGGUACACUGUUGGAUUCGUGUCUAGGCAUAUUCCGACUUGCGUCUCCUGGUCAGGGUUCUCCUUGGGGCCAGCCGGGAGUUAUCUUGGCGGGCUUAAUACCUCAUGCGACCGGGGCCCAGAUCCGGGGGCUGCAAAUAGACUCGACGGAAUCAAGAGCCAUCACGGACUCCUCCGACCAAUGGUUUCGAUACCGCCUGACCAAAAACAAACCAGUGAACGUAUUCUCUGCGCAAGAGACUGAGCCAGUCGUCCCAGGGACCCCGAAGAUUGUCGACUAUGACGGAUCGGCCUUUUCCGUGAGCUCCACAAGGCUGACAAACUCCAAAACCGUCUUGCUACCGGGCGAGUCUCACACAAGCGCCCCGAAGGCCCAACCAGGUACCCACACGGCGGAUAUCCUCGUGGCCGGAGUCGCCUUUUGUAUCGACGGGAAGGUGCCCCCAGGAAUUGAACUCACACCUGGGAGGGACAAGCCAUCGGGCUUGGCGGGCAAGGUCAGUAGGAUCCUGCCAUUGGCGUCCACGUUGAAGAGGCGGCUUCCUGGUGGGAGUGGAGGCCGUGGUGCGGGCGGAAGCGGUGGCGGGGCCGCACCCACCUCCUGA